CCCAGCAACCAAACAGGAGUGUCUUGGAAGCUGAGGAGUCGGACAGGAACACGAGGGUUACAAUGUGGAAGGUGGUGGUGGUGGCUGUGGUGCUGGGAACGGCAGCAAGAGGGGAGGGCCCAGGGAAGGAUAGAGGGUCUCGUCUAAGCCUGGCAGACCUAGUUGGCCCUCCCCGUGAUGGCCCCGGCUAUGUGGUGCGUCACUUUGGCCAAGGAGGAGAUGAUAGUGAUUACAGCAGCGAAGAAUUCCCGCCACUCAUGCCCUACGAAUUUGCAUACGAAGUUAAAGACGACGCCACGACGAAUUACCAUAACCGGGUUGAGUUUGUGGAGGACGGCAUUCUUCAGGGCAGCUACAGCAUCCUCUCUCCCGACGGCGUAGUGAGGACCUCCGUCUACACCGACUCAGGCAAAGGCUUCGAGGUGACUCUGCACGAAGUACCAACAGACAUUGUUGUCAUCGGUUCAGGCCUCCCAGGAGACCCGGCACUCAAGUCUGGCGGCAGAUACAACUACCGGUCACGCGGAUCUAGCUCGAGCGGUUCAAGCAGUUCCUUUGAAUCUUUCUCAGGAUCAUCAAGCGGGAGGUUCUCAAGUGGAUCUUCAUCGUUCAGAGGUUCAUCGAGACACGACGAAUCUGAUGGAGGUGAUUUAUUACUUACGAACGAUAAAAGCGCUCUGGAAGCAUUUGACAGGGACGGUGAACGAAAGGGGUCCUUCAUUGGAUCUUCGGAUUUCAAGUCCUCUUCAAGACACGAGGAAUCAGGUGGAUUUGAUGUAUUUUCCAAUGGAAAAAGUGCAUUUGAGUCUCACUCAAUCACUGGAUCAAGCGAUAGUUCAGAUAGUGUUGGAUCAGUCAGUACUGCAUCAGGCAGCAGUGCAUCCAGCAGCGGAUCGGCUACUCACUCAUCAGGCAGUAGUGGAUUCAGCAGUGGAUCAAGUCACUCUUCAGGCAGCAGCGGAUUUAGCAGUGGAUCAACGGGUGGGUUAAGUCAUUCAUCAGGCAGUAGUGGAUCUACAAGCGGAUCAAGUCACUCGUCAGGCAGCAGAGGAUCAAGCAGUGGAUCAGUGGAUCAAUCAUCAGGCAGCAGUGGAUCAGCUAGUGGCUCAUCAGGCGGCAGUGGAUCAGCUGGUGGCUCAUCAGGCAGCAGUGGAUCAGCUAGUGGCUCAUCAGGCGGCAGUGGAUCAGCUGGUGGCUCAUCAGGCGGCAGUGGAUCAGCUGGUGGCUCAUCAGGCGGCAGUGGAUCAGCUGGUGGCUCAUCAGGCAGCAGUGGAUCAGCUAGUGGCUCAUCAGGCGGCAGUGGAUCAGCUGGUGGCUCAUCAGGCGGCAGUGGAUCAGCUGGUGGCUCAUCAGGCAGCAGUGGAUCAGCUGGUGGCUCAUCAGGCGGCAGUGGAUCAGCUGGUGGCUCAUCAGGCGGCAGUGGAUCAGCUGGUGGCUCAUCAGGCGGCAGUGGAUCAGCUGGUGGCUCAUCAGGCGGCAGUGGAUCAGCUGGUGGCUCAUCAGGCGGCAGUGGAUCAGCUGGUGGCUCAUCAGGCGGCAGUGGAUCAGCUGGUGGCUCAUCAGGCGGCAGUGGAUCAGCUGGUGGCUCAUCAGGCGGCAGUGGAUCAGCUGGUGGCUCAUCAGGCGGCAGUGGAUCAGCUGGUGGCUCAUCAGGCGGCAGUGGAUCAGCUGGUGGCUCAUCAGGCGGCAGUGGAUCAGCUGGUGGCUCAUCAGGCGGCAGUGGAUCAGCUGGUGGCUCAUCAGGCGGCAGUGGAUCAGCUGGUGGCUCAUCAGGCGGCAGUGGAUCAGCUGGUGGCUCAUCAGGCGGCAGUGGAUCAGCUGGUGGCUCAUCAGGCAGCAGUGGAUCAGCUGGUGGCUCAUCAGGCGGCAGUGGAUCAGCUGGUGGCUCAUCAGGCGGCAGUGGAUCAGCUGGUGGCUCAUCAGGCGGCAGUGGAUCAGCUAGUGGCUCAUCAGGCGGCAGUGGAUCAGCUAGUGGCUCCUCAGGAAGCAGUGGAUCAGCUAGUGGCUCCUCAGGAAGCAGUGGAUCAGCUAGUGGCUCCUCAGGCAGCAGUGGAUCAGCUAGUGGCUCAUCAGCAAGUACUGGAUCAGGUAGUGAAGCAGCAGCAAGCAGUGCAUCCAGCAGUGGAUCAGUGGAUCAAGGAUCAGCCAGCAGUGGAUCAGCUAGUGCUGCUGCAGCAAGCAGUGCAUCCAGCAGUGGAUCAGGGGAUCAAGGAUCAGCCAGCAGUGGAUCAGCUAGUGAUGCUGCAGCAAGCAGUGCAUCUAGCAGUGGAUCAGGGGAUCAAGGAUCAGCCAGCAGUGGAUCAGCUAGUGCUGCUGCAGCAAGCAGUGCAUCUAGCAGUGGAUCAGUGGAUCAAGGAUCAGCCAGCAGUGGAUCAGCUAGUGCUGCUGCAGCAAGCAGUGCAUCCAGCAGUGGAUCAGGGGAUCAAGGAUCAGCCAGCAGUGGAUCAGCUAGUGCUGCUGCAGCAAGCAGUGCAUCUAGCAGUGGAUCAGUGGAUCAAGGAUCAGCCAGCAGUGGAUCAGCUAGUGCUGCUGCAGCAAGCAGUGCAUCCAGCAGUGGAUCAGGGGAUCAAGGAUCAGCCAGCAGUGGAUCAGCUAGUGCUGCUGCAGCAAGCAGUGCAUCCAGCAGUGGAUCAGUGGAUCAAGGAUCAGCCAGCAGUGGAUCAGCUAGUGCAGCAGCAGCAAGCAGUGCAUCCAGCAGUGGAUCAGGGGAUCAAGGAUCAGCCAGCAGUGGAUCAGCUAGUGCAGCAGCAGCAAGCAGUGCAUCUAGCAGUGGAUCAGUGGAUCAAGGAUCAGCCAGCAGUGGAUCAGGUAGUGCUUCAUCAGCCAGCAGUGGAUCAGCUAGUUCAGCAGCAGCAAAUAGUGCUUCCAGCAGUGGAUCAGCGGAUCAAGGAUCAGCCAGCGGUGGAUCAGCUGCCAGCUCUGCAGCGGCCAGCAGUGCAUCCAGCAGUGGAUCAGUGCAUCAAGGAUCAGUCAGCAGUGGAUCAGCUAGUUCGGCAGCAGCAGGCAGUGCAUCAACCAGUGGAUCAUUGGAUCAAGAAUCAGCCAGCAGUGGAUCAGCUAGUUCAGCCGCUGCAAGUAGUGCUUCUAGCGUUGGAUCAGUGGAUCAAGGUUCAGCCAGCAGUGGAUCAGCUGCCAGUGCUGCAGGAGUAAGCAGUGCAUCUAGCAGUGGAUCAGUGGAUCAAGGAUCAGCCAGCAGUGGAUCAGCUGCCAGCGCUGCUGCAGCAAGCAGUGUAUCCAGCAGUGGAUCAGUGGAUCAAGGAUCAGCCAGCAGUGGAUCAGCUAGUGCUGCUGCAGCAAGCAGUGCAUCCAGCAGUGGAUCAGUGGAUCAAGGAUCAGCCAGCAGUGGAUCAGCUGCCAGCGCUGCUGCAGCCAGCAGUGCAUCCAGCAGUGGAUCAGUGGAUCAAGGAUCAGCCAGCAGUGGAUCAGCUGCCAGCGCUGCUGCAGCCAGCAGUGCAUCCAGCAGUGGAUCAGUGGAUCAAGGAUCAGCCAGCAGUGGAUCAGAUGCCAGCGCUGCUGCAGCAAGCAGUGCAUCCAGUAGUGGAUCAGUGGAUCAAGGAUCAGCCAGCAGUGGAUCAGCUAGUGCUGCUGCAGCAAGCAGUGCAUCUAGCAGUGGAUCAGUAGAUCAUGGAUCAGCGAGCAGUGGAUCAGCUAGUGCUGCAGCGGCCAGCAGUGCAUCCAGCAGUGGAUCAGUGGAUCAAGAAUCAGCCAGCAGUGGUUCAUCCGGCAGCAGUGGAUCAGCUAGUUCAGCAGCAGUAAGCAGUGCAUCAGGCAGUGGAUCAGUGGAUCAAGGAUCAGCCAGCAGUGGAUCAGCUGCUAGCGCAGCAGCGGCCAGCAGUGCAUCGAGCAGUGGAUCUGUGGAUCAAGUAUCAGGCAGCAGUAUAUCAGUAGAUCACUCAUCAGGCACCAGUACAACUAGCAGUGGAUCAGCUAGUCUUUCAGCAGGAAGCAGUGGCUCUAGCAGUGGUUCAGUUAGCCACUCGUCAGACAGCACUGGAUCAGUUAGUCUUUCAACUGUCAGCAGUGGUUCUGACGGAGGAUCACUAAGUCUUGUAUCAGGUGGCACUGGAUUUGGCAGUGGAUUAGCAAGUCUUGUAUCUGGAGACAGUGGACUGUCAAGUCUUGUAUCAGGUGCAAGUGGAUCUGGCGGUGAAUCAGUAAGUGUUGUGUCAAGUGGCAGUGGAUCUAGCAGCGGUGGGGCAGGCGGUGAAGGAAAUGUCAAUCUGCAGGACCAGACCGUCUUCAUCAUCCAUCCAGACUUCUUUAGUUCUCAGGGUAACCCUUCGCCUAUUCAGGAACCCAUCAUCAUAGUGAGUGAUAACAAUUUCGCCCAGCAAGCGUUAGGCGGCGUAGCUGGUAUAGGCGAUCUUGGUGGCGUCAAUAGGCUGGGAGUGGCUGCGGCUGAUGCAGCUAUUGAUCAAGCAAUUACUGAGUCAGCUGCUACAACUGGAUCCAUCGAUGCUUCUAUCUCUGGUUCAAGUGGAUCGUCUGUUAGCAGUGGAAAUGAAGGUGCAUCCUCUCAAGGAGUUAGUGAGUCGUCCUUUACAAGCAGUGCAGUGGGAGAGACCUCCACUAGCACAAACAAUGGAGCCGAGUUUGCUGUAUCUUCAAAUAGCGGUGCUGGUGAAUCAGAAGGCUCUUCUGCUUCUUCCGCUGCUGAUGUUGCUGCUGCUGCUAGUGCAAGUGGAUCGUCUUCAAACCUUGUAUCCGAAGGAGGCUCUACAUCUGGUGCAAGUGGACUGUCUUCAGGCAGCACAUCAGAGGGCGAUUCUUUGUUCGUAGCUAUGGACUCAGCAAGUACUUCAUCAACCAGAUCAUCUUUAGAUAGUUCUUCUUCUAGUGCAAGUGGAUUGUCUUCUAACAGUGGAUCAGAGGGUGCUUCUUUGUUCGUAAUCAGUGAGUCAGCUGGUGAUUCUUCGACUUCAGCAGGCGCAUCUGCAGGUCAAGUAUCCAUAAGUUCUUCAUCUGAUGGAAGUGGUUCAUCUGCUAACAGUGGAGUAACCGAUUCAUCUUCAUCUAGUUCUAGUUCAGGAUUCACUGAAAUCGCAACUAUUGCUUCUUCUGAUACAGCUGGAUCAAAUGUAGGCACUGAAUUGUCAAGUAUCCUGAGCUCUGUAGGUGUACCUCUAGAAACCAGUAACGGUAACAAUGUGUUGAUAUCUUCUAGCGGAAGUGGAACAAAUGACUUCUUGGUAUCUAACCAAGUUGCAUCAAAUCGAAUUGGAGCAGUGGCUAAUGGAAUUGAAUCUAGUCAAAACGGCGCCUUCAGAGGAAGAGGAUCAAACAGUUUUAGCAGUUCAGGAGGAAGUAUUGGUUCAAACAGAUUCUCAGGUAGUAGAUCUAAUGGAUUCAUAGAAGCUUCAUCAGGAAGAACGUCAAGCUCUGGAUUUGGUAUUCCAUUGACUCCAGUCGUCUUUAACCAGAAUGCUGCCCGUAACACACGGCCUGAAUUCUCCUCAUCCAGGGUGCCUUUGCAGCCAUCAGGUGGGUUGUUGGCAAGUCUCAGUCCUAGUCAGACCGCACGUGGGCGGCAUGUCAUUCGAAGUGAUUCCGGACAAAAUACAGGUGUCUUUUUCACUCAGGGAGGCAGCCAGCCCUUGUCCCACAACAGUCAGUCUACGAUCAGUAGACUACCUGUGACUCGCGUGACAAGUGUAUCACGCCUACCGACUGCCUCUGCCCAAAGAAACACUAAUAACGUCUUUAACACCCUGCCUUCAGGUGCUACAAGAUUCUUCACAUCAGGAAGAAACACAAACACAUUGCAGACCACCGACAAGAUAUCAACAGCAAGCCGUCGUAAUGGUUCCGGAGGCUUUAACGUCCUACCCACUCCAGAUGCUGCUCUCGCUUUUGGCAAUAGAAAUCCUGCUAUAAGCUCCUCGUCGCAGAACUUCAACAGACCAAGCCGAAGAACCCCGCCGUUCGCUACCAGCAAUUCAAGACGUCGAGUGAGGCCAGUCAGACGGAGGCAGCGCGUGGGCACAUUCUAGGGAGUUACUGUUGCAAUAGUAAUGAUAUGACAUUCCCUUGUCUGUGCUCAUUGUGUUAUCAUCACUUAAACUUUAGUUUGUACGAUAGGGAUCGUUACGAAUGAUGUCUCAAUGACCAAACUUUGUUGAUGCAAAGAAUUUGUUUAAAGAGACCACUUUAAAAAUCACACACCAGCAUUUCACUGUAGUCAACUAAGAAUAAUGCUUUUAAUUUAAAUGUUAAAAGUAAGCUUGGUUACUGCAUCAAGGUUUUCUUCACAUAUCACUGCACUGUUACUGUCCAUACAUCAUGCACUCGCUUUUCAAUAUCUUUUGUACUGACGAUCGAAACAUUUAACGUUAGAUAAUAUUUAGGUUAAAAAUCUUUACAUAUAUUGUUAUUGAGCGCUGAAAAGGAAUGUUUGAGUGAAAACGAGUGUGUGUGUGUGUGUGUGUGUGUGUGUGUGUGUGUGUGUGUGUGUGUGUGUGUGUGUGUGUGUGUGUGUGUGUGUGAGCUAUGUAUGAAUCACGUUACACUGUGUUACAGUAGUAAGUCGGCGCUAAUUGAAAUAUUAUUUUUUGUCUCACGAUGUGUUUAUAUAUGUAAGAAAAAUAAAAAAAAAUAUAUAAACAUAAAA